AUGAUCUUAUCAAGGAACAUAGGAUGGCACUUCCUUCAUUCUCACAUUUCUAUGCCCAUGCGUGCUGGCCACAAAGUUACACCUAUAGCCACUUUCAUCAUCAUUACUGGAUUUAUAUAUUUAUGGAGCACUUCCUACAUGCCAGGCACUGUGCUAAGCAUUUCACAAGCACUAUCUCUUUUUCAAAACCUCAAGAGAUGGGCAGUGUUCUCAUCUCUAUUUACAGAUGAAGAAACUGUGGCUGAAUCAAGUGAGGAUCUACCUCAAAGUCACGCAGCCAGGAAGUGGCAAAGCUGGAUGAGUGGCUUCAGCUGCCAUGUGCUUGAUGAGAAUCUGAUUCUGCCCUAUCUCAUUUGA